UUCUCUUCUUUACACAUGAUGAACGCCGCUUCGAUAGAUCUCGCUUUGAUGGACUUCGCUUCGAUGGACGACGCUUUCAUCGCGCGUUUUCUCCAAAGCCAUGUGCAUGGGCCGAUACCUGGCCGCGAAUCAGGCCCUAACCCCGUGGCCGUCGCCCUGAAGCCCGUGUUCCUCCGACUUAUGGAGCAACGCUUCACUCCGAAAGGCUCCAAAGGCAAUCCCGACCCCGACAGUCUGACCGUCCUACACGAGAUGCAACGAUUACAGGAUGCUUUCUUGAGCCGAGAAGGCCCCAGAUUACUGAUAUCAAACAGCAAGCCCUCCAUGCUUGAUCUUGAACAACUCCAUCGACGUCUUACAUCGUACCCAAAGCGGCUCCCCGACAGCGACUAUCACAAGGACCUCGACCAGAAGAUCCCAUUGGUGCAACAAAUCAAUCAGCUGUGUAGACAGUUCCAUACGGAUGCCUCGAUGAAGGAGCUCCACCUUGACAAGGCUUCGUUCUGGUCCAUGUUGAUGACCAUGGACUUGGAGAGGUUGGAAGAAGUUCGACGCGACCUGGACGAUAUGACUAGUGCCAAGGCAAAGAGGCUUCUACUGACCGACUUCCCGGCAUGGUCCAUGGCAACGCCAAUGCUUCUUCGUUCACGUAUGUCAUACAAGGGUAUGCGAAAGAGCCUAUCAGGCAGUUGUACCCAGCUCGGCCGUUGGGUGACAUGUCCGAAUUCGAAUUUGAACAAGGCAGUAUUGACGUUCUUUCCACGCAAGGCACGCCUACGCGACUGCAAACGCUGCAUCAUCACAGAGCGAAGUUUCGACAGUGACGUGGUCCGCAUCAUUCCACUUGAUCUAUUGAGAUCGAGAACCCAUAUGGUCAAGCAACUGGAAGGAAUGAGAUCACGGUACUCGGAUGAUAGCGUCACCGCGCUUUUGAAGAAACUCACGUCGGAAUCUUGCGACGAAAACAUCAUCGACACUCGUCGUAACAUGAUCUGCAUGGACCGAUCGAUGGACAAUCAUUGGUACACUGGAGAGUUCAUCCUCAAACCGAUGGGUCGACCAGUUCAGAUGUUUGUCCCAUUUCCAGCAGAAGACCCAGCUGAAGAACCUCAGGUGAAAGGCGUAUGGGUCUUGAAGUUGAUCUUCUACUGGCUUCAAUAGACCGAGUUUCCGGGUAUGCAGCAACCAUUCCUUUCAACACUGAUCCCCGCCGGCACUUCGAGGACUUCGAUCCCAUGAACUUUGGGGUCUUUAAUAACACAAC